AUGAAAAUCGAGGAAGUAAAAAGUACUGCUAAAACUCAAAGAAUAUCAGCUCAUAGUCACAUUAAAGGAUUGGGAUUAGACGAAAAUGGUGUUCCUAUUCAAAUGGCAGCCGGUCUCGUGGGUCAAGAAUCGGCUAGAGAGGCUGCUGGUAUAGUAGUAGAUAUGAUAAGGAGUAAAAAAAUGGCAGGACGUGCAUUAUUAUUGGCAGGCCCACCAGGCACUGGGAAAACAGCUAUUGCUUUGGCCAUUGCUCAGGAACUUGGUAAUAAAGUACCGUUUUGUCCAAUGGUGGGAAGUGAAGUAUAUAGUACAGAGAUUAAGAAAACAGAAGUCCUAAUGGAAAACUUUCGUCGCGCCAUUGGCCUCCGCAUCCGAGAGACCAAGGAGGUGUUUGAAGGCGAAGUGACUGAACUCACACCAGUAGAAACAGAAAAUCCUGCUGGAGGAUAUGGUAAAACUGUUUCACAUGUUAUAAUUGGAUUGAAGACGGCAAAAGGUACAAAACAAUUGAAAUUAGACCCUACCAUCUAUGAGGCAUUACAAAAGGAAAAAGUAGAAGUGGGUGAUGUAAUUUAUAUAGAAGCUAACUCUGGUGCUGUCAAGCGUCAAGGACGAAGUGAUACCUUUGCAACAGAAUUUGAUCUUGAGGCUGAAGAAUAUGUUCCUCUACCAAAAGGGGAUGUACACAAAAAGAAAGAAGUAGUUCAAGAUGUGACUUUGCAUGAUUUGGAUUGUGCAAAUGCACGGCCGCAGGGUGGGCAUGACAUUAUGUCGGUCAUGGGUCAGCUAAUGAAACCAAAGAAAACAGAAAUUACUGAUAAGCUAAGAAAAGAAAUUAAUAAAAUAGUAAACAAAUACAUAGAUCAAGGAAUUGCCGAAUUAGUUCCAGGGGUCUUGUUCAUUGAUGAGGUACACAUGUUAGAUAUAGAGACAUUCACGUACUUGCACCGUGCCUUGGAGUCUGCCAUUGCCCCAAUUGUUAUUUUCGCUACCAACAGAGGGCGUUGUCAAAUUAGAGGGACAGAAGACAUUAUUUCUCCCCAUGGUAUACCACUUGAUCUGUUGGAUCGAUUGUUGAUAAUUCGCACAUUACCUUACAAUAAGGCAGAGCUUUUACAGAUCCUGAAACUCCGCGCCUCCACGGAAGGUAUCGCAAUCGAAGAAGACGCCUUAUCGGCUCUCGCUGAAAUAGGUGCCAACAGUACCUUAAGAUACGCCGCGCAACUAUUGACGCCCGCCUCCCUGACGGCGCGGGCGGACGGCGCUCAGAGGAUCGCCCCGCCGCACAUCCAGGCCGUCCACACGCUGUUCCUGGACGCAAAGUCCUCCGCGCGCAUACUGACCCAGCACUCGGACAAGUACAUGAAG